AUGAUUACGAUUGGAGCUUGCUCGGCCAAUUGUACGGACAGCGAUUCCGCCGAUCGUUCUCGGGUAAAACGUUGGCUCAUAUUCAGUCCGAAUGGGGGAACUGCCAAGAUCGUUAUUGGGUGCAUAGUGCCGAUUCGAUUUGCACACAAACUGUUCCGUCAGCUCAAUAUGAUUCAGAACCUGCAGGCCAAUUAUAAUAUUCCACAAACACUAAUUUGGCCCGUUCCGGAAAAGUUUCUUAAAUCCCGCCUCAACGACGAGUACGUUGAUUACAGUCGAAGUCAAUUGUACCAGUUGCUGGAAGCAAAAAUCGACAGCUGGGGCAGCGAUGGACGCGAAUGCAUGCUGAGGGCCAUCUGUGAAGUAGCCGAGGCACCGCUUGGUCAUAAUGGUAUGAUUGGAGAAAUUCUAGACGUCAUAUUUACCCCAUAUGAAGCAGAAGAAAUCGACGAGGUUUACCUACAAGCAAAGCAGCAAGGAAAUAGUGGUGCAGAAUGUGGUCAAAUAUAUCGAAAAUGUCCCACCGGACAUGGUUUGUUGGAGUUGAUUUCUGUUGUGAAUAUCAUGUAA